AUGGCAAAAGAAGUUCUUGGACUUGAACUUACAGAGCUUAGGUUGGGCCUCCCAGCCCCAGGUGGCGGUCAUAGUAUAGCGGAGAAAAAUGAGAAGAAGAGGGUGUUUUCAGAGAUUUCUGGUGAUCGGAAUAAGACCCAAGUCGUGGGGUGGCCUCCGGUGUGUUCGUACCGAAAAAAGAUUAGUUUGCAUCAUGAGAAAGAUGAUCAUGAUCACCUCCAAAGAUCGAAAAUUUACGUGAAAGUUAGCAUGGAUGGAGCACCAAUUAUGCGCAAGAUUGAUCUCAGCAUGCACAAAGGCUACUCCGAUCUGGCGGUAGCAUUGGAGAAGCUCUUUGAUUGCUUUGCCAUCGGUGAUCAGGCGUUGAAGGAUGCUGAGAGUUCCAAACAAGUUCCGAUUUAUGAAGACAAAGAUGGAGACUGGCUGCUUGUGGGAGAUGUCCCCUGGGGGAUGUUUAUUGAGUCAUGCAAGAGGCUGAGGAUAAUGAAGAGAUCAUCAGACGCCCAAGGUUUUGGACAGCAGCCCACAGGAAAUAUAAAAGAUUCGAGACUAUCUAAAUAA